AUGGAUACAUUAAAAACAACUUAUAAAUAUCAAGAGUUUGAUCCUAUUUUUAUAGGAGGCACAAGUGCUACAAUAUCUCUGAAUGGUGAAAUAUUAGCAACUCCAUUAAAUGAAGAUAUAAUAAUAACGAACUUAAAAACAAAUGAAAUAUUACAUAAAAUAGAAGGAGAUGGUGAAACAAUAACAAAUCUUCAAAUUACACCAGAUGGAACAAGAUUAGCAAUAAAUUCGUUAUCCCAACAAUUAAGAAUAUAUGAUUUAACCACCAACACACUUAUAAAAUCACAUAAAUUAUCAUCUCCAAUCUAUAUGUCUACUGUUGAUUCAAUGUCUACUAUUUUUGCAUUUGGUGGUUCUGAUGGUAUUAUAACAAUAUGGGAUAUUGAAAAUAAUUACAUUACUCAUAGUUUAAAAGGACAUGGAAGUACAAUCUGCUCAUUGAAAAUUUAUGGUGAGUUGAAUAAUUUAAAUAAUUGGAGAUUGGCAAGUGGUGACAUUAUGGGAACUGUUAAAAUUUGGGAUCUAGUAAAAAGAAAAGCUAUUCAUCUGUUGACUGAUCAUAAUACGGCAGUUAGAGGAUUAGAUUUUAAUCAUGAUGGAAGUUUAUUUUUAAGUGGUGGUAGAGAUUCAUUUUUAAUUAUAUAUAAUACGAAAAAUUAUAAAACGUUAUAUACGUUCCCAAUUGAUGAACAAAUUGAAGCUUCAGGGUUUGUUGAAAUACAAGGAAGGGAAUUUUUCUACACUGGUGGAUCAAAUAAUCUACUUAAAGUAUGGGAUAUUGAAAGCGGUGACUUAAUAAUGAGUUCGAAAACACCAUUGAAAACAAAUGAAGAAAUAUUAAUUAGUGAUGUAAUAAAACUCGAAAAGAAUAAUAUGUUUUUAGUGCUUAGUGAUCAAACACUCGUUGAAAUGGAAAUUGAAAAUGAUUCGGUGGUCGUUGUUAAACGUAUAGCUGGAAAUCAAGGUAUUAUUGCAGAUAUGAAAUAUUGUGGUCCUAAUAAGUCAUAUAUAGCAAUGGCUACAAAUUCACCAGCAUUAAGAAUAACAAAUUUAUCAAAACCUUUGGAAUUGAAAUUAUAUGAAGGUCAUACUGAUUUAUUAAAUGCUUUAGAUGUUUCAAAUGAUGGAUAUUGGGUAGCAACAGCUUCAAAAGAUAACGAAGCAAUAAUAUGGAAAUGGAAUGAAAACAUUUCCGACUUUGAAUUAUAUACUAAGUUUCAAGGUCAUGCUGGUUCAGUUUCUGCUAUUAGUUUUAAUAAAUCAACUCAAGAACCUAAAUUUUUGAUCACUGGUCUGAAUGAUUUAACUAUAAAGAAAUGGAAAAUACCAACUACCAAAACUCCAAUUAUCAAAUCUUCAAUUUUUACAAGGAGAGCACACGAUAAAGAUAUUAAUUCAAUUGAUGUUUCUCCAAAUGAUGAAUAUUUCGCAACUGCAUCAUACGAUAAAGUUGCAAAAAUUUGGAAUUUUGAUUCGGGUGAAAUUUUAGCAAUUUUAAAAGGUCAUAAACGUGGAUUAUGGGAUAUAAAUUUUUUCAAAUUUGACCAAAUUGUAGUUACUAGUUCUGGUGAUAAAACAAUUAAAAUAUGGUCAUUAAAGACAUUUAAAUGUUUGAAGACAUUUGAAGGUCAUACAAAUUCAAUACAAAAAGUUCAAUGGUUCAACACAAUAAAUAAUCCACAGAUAAUUAGUUGUGGUGCAGAUGGAUUAAUUAAAAUCUGGGAUUAUAAAGCAGGUGAAUGUGUUAGGACUUUAGAUAAUCAUGAUAAUCGAAUUUGGGCAAUGGAUGUGAAAACUGAUGAAGGUGAUCAAUUCAUAACUGCAGAUGGAGAAGGUAGGAUUAAUUUAUGGGAAGAUAAUACAAUUGAAGAGAUCAAACUCAAAGAAUUAAAAGAAAAGGAGAAAAUAGAACAAGAACAAACGUUAUCCAACUACAUUAACUCCAAUGAUUAUCAAAAUGCAUUCCUUUUAGCAUUAAAUUUAAAUCAUUCUAUGAAAUUAUAUAAUAUAAUUCAAAAAUGUAUCGAACAAAACACCGACAAGGAUUCAAUAAUUGGUUCAUUUCAAUUGGAGAAUACUAUAAGUAUGUUGAAUAACGAUCAGUUGAUUUUGUUAUUUAAGAAAAUGAGAGAUUGGAAUAUAAAUUUUAAAUUUUUCGAUCAGUGUCAGAAACUAAUGAGUGUUGUUUUGAAAAGGAAAGAGAUGAGUGAAUUGAUUGAAAUUCCUGGUUUGAUUAAGGUUAUUGAUUCUAUUAUUCCUUAUAACGAACGACAUUGGGGUCGAGUUGAAGAUAUAGUUGAGAAUUGUUAUAUUUUGGACUAUACUGUUGAACAGAUGAAUAAAUUGAUUGCGUAA